AGCCGGCGAGCGGCCCACUCCUCCCACCUCCUCCGCCUGCCUCCUCCUCCUCCUCCCCUUCGGCUCCUCCCGCCCCCACCUCUGUGUGAGCCGCGGAGUCGCCCUCUCCCUGCCUCUUUCUCCCGCUCCCGCUCGCUCGUCUCUCUCGCUAAUACUUCCCCCUGCUGUGCUCCAGGGAACCCAAGCAUUCUCAGCGCUAACCUUAGAGACCAAUGGUGCUCGAAAAGCCUAGAAAAAGCCGCUUUGGGCAGAGAUAGUUGGAAGCCCCUCGUCCCUUCCCCCUCUCCCGGCGCAGCCCGUGCCCGGCUCGCAGCACCUUCUCGCUCCUGCACACUCUGUUUGGGAGGACGGGGUGAGAAGGUGAAGUGGAAAGAACUGCAGAGCAGAGGGGGCCAGUCUCAGAGCUCAGAUUUCAUUUUCAUUGAAGCAAAGCACAGAAGAUCAGGUUUUUUUUUAUUCUGCAUUUUUUCCUUUUUUAAUUUUUUUUUUUUUAAGAAACUUAUUUUGGGGGGGUUUGCUCUGGGCAUUUGCUUUGCCCAGUAGUUGAAAAGUGAACUCGACUCGUGAUGGUUCUCCUGUCACUUUGGUUGAUAGCAGCCGCUCUGGUAGAGGUUAGGACUUCAGCUGAUGGACAAGCUGGUAAUGAAGAAAUGGUGCAAAUAGAUUUACCAAUAAAGAGACAUAGAGAGUAUGAGCUGGUGACUCCAGUCAGCACAAAUUUUGAAGGACAUUAUCUCUCCCAUAUUCUUUCUGCAAAUCACAAAAAGAGGUCAACGAGGGACGUGUCUUCCAACUCUGAGCAAUUGUUCUUUAACAUCACAGCAUUUGGAAGAGAUUUUCAUCUGCGACUAAAGCCCAAUACUCAGCUAGUAGCUCCUGGGGCUGUUGUGGAAUGGCAGGAGACAUCUCUGGUGCCUGGGAAUAGAACUGAGCCCAUUAAUGAUCAUCAACCAGGAGGUGCUUCAGAAAGAAUCUGGAAAACAGAGCCUUUGCAGACUAACUGUGCUUAUGUUGGUGACAUCAUGGACAUUCCAGGAACCUCUGUUGCCAUUAGCAACUGUGAUGGUCUGGCUGGAAUGAUAAAAAGUGAUAAUGAUGAGUAUUUCAUUGAACCUUUGGAAAGAGGUAAGCAGAUGGAGGAAGAAAAAGGAAGGAUUCAUGUUGUCUACAAGAGAUCAGCAAUAGAACGGUCUCCCAUAGACAUGUCCAAAGACUUCCACUACAGAGGGUCGGAUCUGGAAGGCCUUGAUGAUCUAGGUACUGUUUACAGCAACGUUGAUCAGCAGCUGAAUGAAACAAUGAGGCGCCGCAGACACGCGGGAGAAAAUGAUUACAACAUCGAGGUGCUGCUGGGAGUGGAUGACUCUGUGGUCCGUUUCCAUGGCAAAGAGCACGUCCAAAACUACCUCCUCACCCUGAUGAACAUUGUGAAUGAAAUUUACCAUGAUGAGUCCCUUGGAGUGCAUAUAAAUGUGGUCCUGGUGCGCAUGAUAAUGCUGGGUUAUGCAAAGUCCAUCAGCCUCAUAGAAAGGGGAAACCCAUCCAGGAGCUUAGAGAAUGUGUGUCGCUGGGCUUGCCAACAACAAAAAUCUGAUCCCAACCACUCUGAACACCAUGAUCAUGCAAUUUUCUUAACCAGGCAAGACUUUGGACCUGCUGGAAUGCAAGGAUAUGCUCCAGUCACAGGCAUGUGUCAUCCAGUGAGAAGUUGUACCCUGAAUCACGAGGACGGUUUUUCAUCUGCUUUUGUAGUAGCUCAUGAAACUGGCCAUGUGUUGGGAAUGGAGCAUGAUGGACAAGGCAACAGGUGUGGUGAUGAGACUGCCAUGGGAAGCGUCAUGGCGCCCUUGGUGCAAGCAGCAUUUCAUCGUUACCACUGGUCCCGAUGCAGUGGCCAAGAAUUGAAAAGAUACAUCCAUUCCUAUGACUGUCUCCUUGAUGACCCUUUUGAACAUGAUUGGCCCAAACUCCCAGAACUUCCUGGAAUCAAUUAUUCUAUGGAUGAGCAAUGUCGUUUUGAUUUUGGGGUUGGUUAUAAAAUGUGCACUGCGUUCCGAACCUUUGACCCAUGUAAACAGCUGUGGUGUAGCCAUCCUGAUAAUCCCUACUUUUGUAAGACUAAAAAGGGACCCCCACUUGAUGGGACUGAAUGUGCCGCUGGAAAAUGGUGUUACAAGGGCCAUUGCAUGUGGAAGAAUGCUAAUCAACAAAAACAAGAUGGCAAUUGGGGAUCAUGGACCAAAUUUGGCUCUUGUUCCCGGACGUGUGGAACUGGAGUUCGUUUCAGAACACGCCAGUGCAAUAAUCCAAUGCCCAUCAAUGGUGGUCAGGAUUGUCCUGGUGUUAAUUUUGAGUACCAGCUGUGUAAUACAGAAGAAUGCCAAAAACACUUCGAGGACUUCAGAGCACAGCAGUGCCAGCAGCGAAACUCCCACUUUGAAUACCAGAAUACCAAACACCACUGGUUGCCAUAUGAACAUCCCGACUCCAAAAAAAGAUGCCACCUUUACUGUCAAUCCAAAGAGACUGGAGAUGUUGCUUAUAUGAAACAGCUGGUGCACGAUGGAACACGCUGUUCUUACAAAGAUCCGUAUAGCAUAUGUGUGCGAGGAGAGUGUGUGAAAGUGGGCUGUGAUAAAGAAAUCGGUUCUAACAAGGUUGAGGAUAAGUGUGGUGUCUGUGGAGGAGAUAAUUCCCAUUGUCGAACCGUAAAGGGGACAUUUACCAGAACACCCAGGAAGCUUGGGUACCUUAAGAUGUUUGAUAUACCCCCUGGUGCUAGACAUGUGUUAAUCCAAGAAGACGAGGCUUCUCCUCAUAUUCUUGCUAUUAAGAACCAGGCUACAGGCCACUAUAUUUUAAAUGGCAAAGGAGAGGAAGCUAAGUCGCGGACCUUCAUAGAUCUUGGUGUGGAAUGGGAUUAUAACAUUGAAGAUGACAUUGAAACUCUUCACACCGAUGGACCUUUACAUGAUCCUGUCAUUGUUUUGAUUAUACCUCAGGAGAACGAUACCCGCUCUAGCCUGACAUAUAAGUACAUCAUCCAUGAAGACUCCGCACCUACAAUCAACAACAACAAUGUCAUCCAGGAAGAAUUAGACACUUUUGAGUGGGCUUUGAAGAGCUGGUCUCAGUGUUCCAAACCCUGUGGUGGAGGUUUCCAGUACACUAAAUAUGGAUGCCGAAGGAAAAGUGAUAAUAAAAUGGUUCAUCGUAGCUUCUGUGAGGCUAACAAAAAGCCAAAACCAAUUAGAAGAAUGUGCAAUAUUCAAGAGUGUACACAUCCACUCUGGGUAUCGGAAGAGUGGGAGCAUUGCACCAAAACCUGUGGGAGUUCCGGCUAUCAGCUUCGCACCGUGCGCUGCCUUCAGCCACUCCACGAUGGCACCAACCGCUCUGUGCACAGCAAGUACUGCGUGGGUGACCGUCCUGAGAGCCGCCGGCCCUGUAACAGAGUGCCCUGCCCGGCCCAGUGGAAAACGGGGCCCUGGAAUGAGUGUUCAGUGACCUGUGGUGAAGGAACAGAGGUGAGGCAGGUCCUCUGCAGGGCUGGAGACCACUGCGACGGCGAAAAGCCCGAGUCAGUCAGAGCCUGUCAGCUGCCUCCCUGUAAUGAUGAGCCAUGUUUGGGAGAUAAGUCUAUAUUCUGUCAAAUGGAGGUGCUGGCGCGAUACUGCUCCAUUCCAGGUUAUAACAAGUUAUGUUGUGAGUCAUGUAGCAAGCGCAGUACCACCCUACCACCACCAUACCUUCCAGAAGCUGCUGAAACUCACGAUGAUGCUAUCUUUAACCCUAGUGACCUUCCUGGAUCUCUAGUGAUGCCUACUUCUUUGGUUCCUUACCAUUCAGAGACUUCUGCUGAAAAGAAAUCUUUGAGUAGGAUCUCUCCAGUGGGAGGUCCAUAUGCAUAUGCUGCUUUCAGGCCAAACAGUAAACCUGAUGGUGCUAACUUACCCCAGAGGAGAGCUCAGCAAGCAGGAAGUAAGACUCUGAGACUGGUCUUCCCACCCACCGAGAGUGGCCACCUCAAUUCAUCUUCACCAAUGGCUGCUGCCCCCUUCCUUGCCAUCAGUCAUUCAAUAGGUGCUCCUUCUCAGACAAGAACCUCAAAGAAAGAUGAAAAGAUUAUUGACAAAAGACGUCCAAUAAGAUCAGCCACCUUGGAAAGAUGAGAGAGUAAACCUAAAAGGCUGGAAGUCAGAGGAAAACCCGGACGAGCUCCCUCUCCUCGUGGUGCAUACCGCUUGUUUAAAGUGGAACUCUCCAUAGAUUGUCAACUCAUUUUAUCUGUUAAGUGGAAGAACAAAAAGUGCUGGUUCACUUUCUAGUUGCUUUCAUCCUCCUUUUGUUCUGCAUUGACUCAUUUACCAGAAUUCAUGGGAAGAAAGCACCAAAGAUUAUUAACAGAAGGAAAGUAAGUUGCUAAAUGUGUUGGUCACUCUCUAAAGCAGGAAAGGGACUGAACCAAUUGUGCAUAUCAGCCAAUUUUUUGUUUUAAAAAAGUUACAGUAAAAAUAAAAAAGAGGUGCCAACGGUUUACACUUUAACAAAAUAUUUUGGAAAUGGAGCAAAGAAUUCUUAGACUUGUAUUCCUAUUUAUCUAUAUUAGAAAUAUUGUAUGAGCAAAUUUGCAGCUGUUGUGUAAAUACUGUAUAUUGCAGAAAUCAGUAUUAUUUUAAGAGAUGUGUUCUCAAAUGAUUGUUUACUAUAUUACAUUUCUGGAUGUUCUAGGUGCCUGUCAUUGAGUAUUGCCUUAUUUGACAUUCUGUGGGUUGAUUUUCAAAGCAGGAUAUUAUGAAGAAUACGUUAGAACUGCAGCUACUAACAAUGCAAAGGGUUUUGUUGUGCGGUUUUGUUUAACCAACAGUGUGAUACCUAAAUUACAGAAAUAGAAAAAAAACAGGUAUGCUACAAAUACACUGAUUUCAGCUUACCUAUUACCUUCUAUCCUUUAAAUAAGAAGCAAUAGGAUUGCUGUCUUAAUAUACUGUGGUCACAGGGAAGAGAGACCAGUAAAUGAGGCUGUGCAAGACAAAACUGAAACCCUCUUACCAGGACCUCAAUAGGCGCUAGGCAAUAGGCAUGAAGUGUCCUAUGUUUUUGUGUUGUUUUUCAUGUUCCUGUUGUUGACAUAUACAAACAGUUAUACUCAAUGUAUUGUAAGAAUAACAAAGGAAAAAUGUUUUGAGACCAUUUUUUGUAUGUUGGUAGCUGAGGAAAGCAUCAUCAAACUAGAACUGAGGCUCGAGUACAGUAGCGCUUAGGGGCUUUGAAAAUAGGUUCAAGAAAGCAUAUGUCAAUGAUUGCGAUAUUUAUUUUCCGCAUGGUUCAUAUCCAAUGUUCACAACCACAAUGCAUCUGACUGCAAUAAUGUGCUAGUAAUUUAUGUCAGUGGUCACCUUGCUCACAGUGAAGCCAGAAAUGCUCUCUCCAGGGAGUAGAUGUAAAGUACUUGUACAUAGAAUUCAGAACUGAAGAUAUUUAUUAAAAAUUGAUUUUUUUUCUUGAUAGUAUUUUUAUGUACUAAAUAUUUACACUAAUAUCAGUGAUGUAUUUUGGUAAACUAGAGAGACAUAAUUAGAGAUGCAUGCUUUGUUCUGUGCAUAGAGGAGAUAUUUAAGCAAACUACAGCAGCCAAAUCAAAGAGCUAAAAUUGAACAAAUUUGAUGUUAUGCAAACCUUUUGCAUUUUUAAAGUAGUUGAUACAAAGUUGAUGACUUGUUCCCCUUCAACAAAACAUAAAAUAGUAUGGACUGAGAUAGCUAGCUGUUUAAUGAAAUAGUGAAUUAGAAACAUUUUUUUAAAAAGUAUGUGAAAGAGAUAAGUACUUCAUAAAUUACACUUAAAAGAAAAAAGAAAGAUAAGUGUUGUCGGCAUAAUGCUUUUGAGGUUAGUUUCUGAACUGUCUAAAAAUAUAAUAUGCAAACUAAAAUGUAGAUAUGUUAACCUCUCAAAGCACAGCAUGUGCAAGGACUGUUGCACUUCACCAUGGUAAACCAACAGCUUCACCUAUUGACUCGAUACCUCUAAAGAAUCGCUGCUACUUUGUGCAAGACUUUUGAAAGUCAAAUGAAUUAGGUGAAUUCCAGAUCAUAAAAUAAUCCUUUAGCCUCAAGUAGAAGUCACUUUUUUUCCUAAAAAUUUCUCCAGAGUGAAAUUCUCACUAGUUUGCUUGCGCGUGUCUAUGUCUGGUCCACAGGAGAAUACAGAGAAAGAUGGUCACACACAUACACCUCCCAUAAAGAUGUACAUGUUCGUUAUACUUCUGAUCUUUGAGCUUCCUUUUCUACUAAGCUAAAAGUUUCUUUUUAUCAAAGUGUACACUACUGAUGCUGUUUGUUGUAUUGGGAGCAUGUAGCAAUAAAAAUGUUAACAAAAUAUAGAUCUGGCUCUAUCUAGAUUUUAUCAUUAGAUUCAUCACUGAGGAAUGGAAACUUGUUCUUUCUUCCUACAAAGUAAAAUAGUAUCAAAUUCAUUUGCUACUUGGACUUUCUCUAAACUCAAAUAAAGUGACA